AUGUUCUGGCGAUUUGGCGGCUACGCCAAUAUCUCCACCAUCGAUACCAUCCUCGAGAAGCCCGACUUCACCGUCGAAGACCUGCUCGACGAGAGCGAUCUCAUCCAGGAGCUUAAGCAGCACAACACAAAGCUUAUCGAAUACCUCCGAGAGGACAACGUCCUCAAGACCCUGCUCGAAUAUGUCGUUGCCCCGAAACUAGAGCCCGUCGCCACCCCGGCCGACACGGAAGAACCCAAAGAAGCCCCCGCCGACGAGUCCAAAGGCAAGGGCCGCCUGCUCCCCUUCUCAAGACCCCGCGCGUCCUCGCGCGCCACAGACACCGACAAUGAAGAAGAAGAGCAAGAGAAGAAGCGCAAUCGCUAUGCCUACGUCGCUGCCGAGGUGCUCUCCUCCGACACCUGGUCCAUCUACGAGGCCUUGAUGGAAAACCAGCCCUUGAUUCGCGAGUUUUGGCAAUUCUUGAAGCGCCCUACCCCGCUGGACCCUCUCCAGGCCAGCUAUUUCACAAAGGUCAACGAGGCCCUGUUCGACAAGAAGACGGAAGAAAUGGUCAUUUUGCUCAAGGCCCUUCCGGAUGCCGUGUCAGAUCUGCUGCGCCACGUUGAAUGCCCCAUGAUUAUGGACCUACUGUUGAAGAUUAUUGCUCUGGAUCGCACCGAAGGCGGCCAGGGUGUUGUCGAGUGGCUGUACUCCCAGGACGUCGUGCCUACUCUGCUUACCUGCCUCAGCCCCGAACACAGCUGGGUUGUCCAGACGGCGGCCGGCGAUUUCAUCAAGGCAAUCAUCACCAUUUCCGCCAAUGCGUCACAAAACGAGCAGCAGUGCAUCGGCCCCAACGAGCUUACGCGGCAGCUGGUGUCGCAGCCUUGCGUCGAGCAACUCAUAAAGUACAUGCUAGGAGGCGGAAACCCGUUGACGGUUGGUGUGGGCAUCGUCAUUGAGGUGAUCCGCAAGAACAACUCGGAUUACGACCCCGAUGUCGGCACCGAAUCCAGCUCCAUGCCUUCGAGCAGAGAUCCCAUCUACCUGGGAACUCUCCUGCGCCUGUUUGCGCAACACGUUCCCGACUUUGUCAACCUGAUCAUGAACGCACCCGCUCACAGGGAUCGCUUGGAAUCCACCUUUGGCGAGAAGAUAGAGCCUCUCGGCUUCGACCGAUUCAAGACCUGCGAGUUGAUGGCCGAGUUGCUGCACUGCAGUAACAUGGGCUUGCUCAAUGAGGUUGGUUCCGAGGACGUUAUUGCGAUCCGGGACGCCGAGCGUCAGCGACUGAGGACGGAAGGCAAGCUCUCCCCUAACCGGGGCGAGGAGGCCCAGUCCACCGACGACCUGACCAUGCGCAUCGGCCACUCAUCUCCCGAGGAGGGUCGCAGACUGGAAGUGACCAACAUCUCAGACGACGACGGCUUCGAGGAGGUCGAGCCCAGCCGCGAAAUGAACGAGGAUACUUCUCACGAAUUCGUCAAGGCCGAGGAGGAGAUUCCUGUUGCUGCUCCGGCAUCAUCCUUCUUGGACAGAGACGAAGACGAUUUCGUGGACGAACCCCUGAGCUCACCUAGACUCAACGUGGCAGACGACAAGAUUAAGGAGCAGAGAUUCGAUGACCCCGACCUGGUUGUUGCGCCGCUCUCACCUAGCAAGAACAAGGCACCUCUCGGAGAGGAGAGCCCUGCUGCCACGGAAACCAAGACCGAGGAAGAGAAGCCGACGGAGACCGAAGUCAAGGCUGAGGCACCUGCCGCCGAGGAGCAAAAGCCAGUGGAGACCAAGGACGAGCCCAAGGAGGACGUUUCGGAAAAGACUGCAGAAGACGUGACGAUCUCCAAGGUUGGAGAAAUGUCAUUGGAUGAGAAGGCCAACCAAAGCGCUGUCUCGGAAGAUUCUAGCCAGAAGGGUGACGAGUCUGACUCUUCUGUCGUCUACACCCCCAGCGCGACCGAGUCGGAGGCCAAGACCGAGCCGGCUGAGACUGCGCCGGCCGCACCCGAACCCCCGAUCUCUCCUCGACCGGAAGACAUGCCUGCGCCGCUCUUUGCCAAGUCCUCUCCGGCCAAGGCGGAGGAGAAGGAGGCCGAGUCAGAAGCUGCGCCCGCCCCGGAAGUCCCAAUGGCUCCUCCGGCCCCAGAGGUACCCGCAGCGCCAGCACCCCCUGGAGCGGACUCAGACCAGCCGCCUGCCGUCCCUGAGCGGCCCGACCCCAGCACUGUGAAGCCGGUAGUUGGCGACUACCUUAAGCAGCAAUUUGUAGAGUAUCGCGUUGUGCCCACCAUUCUAUCAUUUUUCUUCGCCUACCCGUGGAACAACUUUCUCCACAACGUGGUAUAUGAUAUCGUUCAACAGGUCUUCAAUGGCCCGAUGGACAGGGGCUUCAACCCUACGCUGGCCGUAUCAUUAUUCGAGGCCGCAGACAUCACUUCUGCCAUAAUCCAAGGCCAGCUCGCUAGCGACGAGUCCCAGGCCAAGAUCAAGACCCGCAUGGGCUACAUGGGUCACCUGACUCUGAUCGCUGAAGAGGUGGUCAAGUUUACGGAACGACACCCUCCUGAGCUGCUGUCGGAGACGGUUCUCGAGCGGGUGAUGGACCCUAGAUGGAUCAACUACGUGGAGGGAGCCCUCGCGGAGACCAGAGAGCGUGAUAACGCCAUUCUUGGUGGUGUCCGACCAGAGGUGGCCCUUGGCAACCGCGCCGGCAUGUCUGGCAACGGACUGGCCGCAGUUGGGCUUUCUGGCCUCGCCUCAUCCUUCUCCAACUCUGGAGGAAACACCGGGUCAAGCGCCCUGGCCGAUGCCGGACUCAACGGCAACAUGGACCUGCAGGAGAACAGCGGCAACGGAAUCGGACCCUUUGCCAUUAGCUCGGGUACUCUCAUGUCCGGUUUCGGCAGCUCUAGCGACGAGGAAGACGAAGGUGAAGAAGAGAACGAGGACGACGUCAACAAUGAGUUCCGGGCUUAUACCGACCCAUUGAACAACUCAUCAUCAUCUCUUAACCCGCCUUCCAUCCCGCCUCCGCCGCCUCCUCCGCCGCCGCUGAACAUUCCUCCUUCCAGAGCCCGCCUCCAGCUGGCAGCCCGGCUCGCCAUGCACCAGAAGAACAAUGCCGCUGCAACGGCCUCUCGCGAGGACGGCGACGAGGACGCCAAGGACGACAAGGGGGAGGAUGAAGGGGAACGACUCAAGAAUCCGUUCGCGGACGACGAGGAAGAUGAAGAUGCCGACAGCGAUGAUGACGAUAACGACGGCAAUCACGGCUCUGGAGCAGCUGGGGCGGUGACUGGCGCGUGGGGUGCGUCAGGCCGGGGAUCGUGGUGGCGCGGGGUAUCGCGACGGGGCGGCAAUCAACGAUUUGAUGGGCAAGACGACUCGGACGACGAGGUGGACGACGACGAUGAGGAGUUUGGGGACUUCGCCAUGCCUGAAGUUGACCCGGCGCCGGGAUCCGACGGGGACGAUAACGUGAUCCUGAAGCCUCUUGCGGUGCACCCGCCUGGGUCUGGAGGCAAGGCGUUUGGGAGCCUGUGGCCGUUUGGCAGCGCCAAGGACGGCAAGGACGAGAAGAGCGAGAAGGAAGGCGAGGAGACGGUGGCGGGAGAGGAUGAGAAGCCUGUGCAGGCGGCCGUGGAGGCGGCGCGGCGAACGAGCAUUGAGGAGGCGGAUGACGAUGAGGAGGUUGUCGUGCAGAAGCCGUCGAGCCUGUGA